CACUUUUUUUCCAGGGUCAUACUGUUUGCAAAGAUUGCUUCUUUGAAGUCUUUGAAACUGAAAUCCAUGAAACUAUAAUUAGAGGCAAUUUAUUCAAAGAAGGUGAAUAUGUUGCGAUUGCGGCAUCAGGAGGAAAAGCUUGUUCUGUUAUCAAUUGAUGAAGGCAUCACUGGAUACCGAGAUGACUCACUUGAGUCAGUAAAAAGAAAUGAAAAAGACUAUGGUAUUCCACUUAAAAUUUUAUCUUAUAGUGAUCUUUAUGGAUGGACAAUGGAUAAUAUUGUCAAAGAAGUUGGCUUAAAGAACAACUGUACAUUUUGUGGAGUUUUUCGAAGACAAGCACUUGAUAGUGGCGCAGAAAAGCUUGGUGUCGACAAACUUGUAACUGGUCAUAAUGCUGACGAUGUUGCUGAAACAGUGUUAAUGAAUGUUCUUCGUGGUGACAUAGCAAGGCUACAGCGAUGCACAAAUAUUACUACUGAUGCUGGUAACUCAAUUCCUAGAUGCAAACCAUUUAAGUACACGUAUGAAAAGGAAAUUGUGCUGUAUGCCUUUUUUAAGAACCUGGAUUAUUUCUCUACAGAGUGCAUAUAUUCACCAAAUGCAUAUCGGGGACAUGUUCGAGCAUAUCUGAAAGAUUUAGAAACUGUAGCUUCGCGCUGCAUCUUGGAUAUAAUACAUUCUGGUGAAUGCAUGAGGCUGAAUGAAGAAAUCAGGCUUCCUGUUCAGGGCAUUUGUCGUAGUUGUGGUUCCAUAUCCAGCCAAGUAAUUUGCAAAGCUUGUGUGAUGUUGGAAGGACUGAAUACAGGACAGCCAGGUUUGGGAGUGAAGAAAAGUAGUAAAGUGAAGGCAACGAUUGAAAGUCUUUCAACACAGUGCAGCUCAGGAGGUUGUAAAGCAAAGUGCCAAACUUAACAUAAAGUUUACAGUUGAUGCUUAGCAUGGGAAUGUAUAUAUUUUUAGAGAAACUCCUUGUAAAGGAAAUGUAUGAAUGUAAUAUUAGUCUGUUAUUUUUUACAUAUUAAAUAUUGAAAGUUAAAAUGUAAUGUUGUAAAUAAAUUGUUGUCACAUUUGUUUGUAUGA